CUUCAAUUAAUUUUAUUAUUUAAAAUUCAAAACGUUUAUUUCAAGUAAACUAAUAUGUUAAAAAGUGUGUGCUUAUAAACACAGCUCUAAUUUUUAUGUAUAAUUAUAUCUAAUUGCAUGUGAAGGUAUUUGUAUAAUAUAUGAGAUCUUUAAAAGUGUCUGUUAAAACUGAACUUAACGGUCAGUUCAAAGAAGACGCGAUAUUUCUUUCAUUUAUUUGUUCGUGUUUCAUAAAAGUUCUUUUUCUCAGUCCUACGUUUUUCAACAUCGUAAAAUGUUCAAACAGGUUGGUUAUAAAGACAACAAAACAGGAAUUCAAUCUUUAUCAGAAAAUUUAUUUUCACGCAAGAAACUACUUUGCGAAAUUCAACAUUUUUUUUUACAAGAUGCAAACAACUCAACUUUAGUAUUAUAUGGAAUGUCGGGUGUCGGAAAAACACAUAUUGCAAGAGAAUAUUGUGAAAUAUCUUAUAACUUAUAUAAAAACUUUGUUUGGAUUGACGCAGCAUUUGGAAUGUUACAAACUUCAAUAAGAAACCAAUGUCAAAUAUUAGGAUAUGAGGUUCAUGAUUCAAAAGGAGAAUAUUUUAAUAUAAAAGUGAUUGUUGAAAAUAUUCACAACUAUUAUAAAAAUGAAAAGACUUUGUAUAUUUUUGACAAUGUCGACGAUGAAAGUGUUAAAAAUUUAUCAAUGUACAUUUCAAAAAAGGCGAAUUCAUUCACGUUGAUUACCUCCCAAUGGAGAACUUGGUCAAAUAAUGUAAAUAAAAUCUCGGAUGCAUUAUUUUAUCAACAAAAUGAUAUUCACGCCGAGGAAGCAUUUACUUAUGUAAAAAAAAAUAUUAAAAAAAAAGCGACGAAAACAUAAAAAUCUUAAUUAAAGAACUUGGUUAUCAUCCGUUUGCAAUUACUCAAGCAAUAAAAUAUAUAAAUAUACACAAAAUUUCGAUAGAAAAAUAUAUUGAUCGAUAUAGAUCGAAACCAUCAGAAAUAUUAGACAAUAAUAACUUUCCAACCGAAGAAGAAUCAAAGUCGGCAAUACAAGCAAUUAACUAACGCCGAAGAGUGACACGGCGUGAACUUCCAAAUAAAUGCUCAUCCGCGGUGCUCUGUGACAAGACCGUUUGGACUUCUUGGGGCACCUAAUUUAAAUUAAUUAAAAAAUGAAAAAUAAAAAAAGUUCCGGGUGUCCAA